AUGGUGCGUUUGGUGAAAGUGUUCUUUCAGUGCAAUUCUCCAGGAAUUAAGACUUUGGCACAAGCGACCGAUUCGGACCUUACCUUGGGAAUCUCAUGGUUGUGUUUAUCCUUUGAGGUACAUGCAAGGAAGAUGUGCGGCCAAUUUUCUGAAGUGCCCGACCAAAGAGUUGUUUAUCGAAAAGGACCUGUUACGAUUUCCCCAAUGGACGAUGGGGUAACAGUUUUCCCCGGCCUUCGGCGAUUUACAGGACUACUAUAUUUCCCAUUUGAAGGUAAGUUGUGUAUGGCCCAAACCAAGAAAGAAGACCUCUUGAAAAUGUACAGUGAAGAGAUAGCUCCCUUCGACGACGUAAAGAAAGUGUUCGCAAAUUCAUUCCGCAGGCAGUCAAAACGAUCGAGGCGGUCAAAGGGUAUCCUCACGGUAUAUAGUGAGCAGUCAUUCAACGGAGCGCCAUCUACAGAUCCACUUGUUGGAUGGGAAAGCCGGGUAGUUAUUGUUACCAAAAGCUCUAUGCCCUUCCUACUGGAGGGUUCGUUACAAGACAAAAAUCAAUUGCUCCCAGCUCAGGAUCUACCUUCGUCCAGGGGUAUCUUGAUAAUGCUUGAAAACCAAAUCUGUUAA